UGCCGUUUUGUGCUUUCACUUUCCGUACCAAUUUCAAAAGGCUAAGAAAAAAAUCGCUUUUCAUUUUCUCUUUUUUCGUUCUGUUUUUGGUUGAAUCUUCAAAAGACUUCUUCAAGAACGCGCCACCCAGCUUCAGUCAACCGGAAGAAUUCUUCUCUCCUUUUCUCUCCCAAAAAGUUUCUUAUUUUAAGAAACUUCUAAUUUUUUGAAUCUGUAUUAUCUGGUUAUACUUCACACUCUGUUUUACUAUGCCGCAAGUGGAUCUGGAAACUCUGGUUUCUGCAUGUGCCGGCGGCGGUGCUCAUGACCGAAAAAUCGCCUGCGAGGAAGCUUUGGACGACGGCGAUCCUCGGCCAGAAGAAGAGAACAGAGAGGUCACAGAGCAGCCAGAGAUUCCGCCGGAUUUUCCACCGGAAUCGUUUUGGCUCUCGAAGGAUGCAGAGUUCGAUUGGUUAAAUCAAAACGCUUUUUACGAGAGGAAAGAUUCGACGAAAGGGAGUUCGAAUUCAACGAACUUAAAUCCUACUGUGAAUCCGACUUCUAAUUCGAAUUCUCAGCGAUUUUCCUUGAACUUCAAAUCGAAGGCCUCGAUUCUCGGCCUUCCGAAGCUUCACAAGACUUGUUUUGUAGAUUCGAAGAGUCGUCGAAAUGCGAAAUCUGGAAACACGAGGCUGUUCCCUAAACAAUCGGGAUCUUCCGAAAAAUCGGACUCUGCGCUCGUCGAACCCUCAUCGCCGAAAGUUUCAUGUAUGGGGAGAGUGAGAUCGAAGCGAGAUCGGAGUCGUCGAUGGAAGAAUCGUCGACGUUCAUGCGAACCGGCGCCGCCAAAGGAAAAACCGGAACGGAAAGACACUGAACCAGGCUUCUUAUGUACUUUCCGGAAUCUUUUCAGAUGUUGGAAAAAAACACCGGUGGUUAAACCAACCGCUCCAGAUUCCGGAGACUCGCUGGCAAUGAAAGCAUCUGAUAAGAUUGCCCUCAACAUCGACGCACUGACGGCGGAAUCUCGUCCUAGAAGGAGUGUGGAGAUCGAACCUCCCGGUUUGGGCGGCGUCAAGCGGUUCGCUUCGGGGAGGCGAUCCGGUUCAUGGGUCGUCGGCGACGGAGAGUAAUCGCCGGACGGCAGACUCUGAUUGAUUCUCUAAGGUUCUCGGUACCUUGAUGCGUGGGCUGUCGGCGGGACCCGCGGGAUUAGGUGGGCUUCUGCUGGGCCCGCUUUUCUUUUUUUUGUUUUUAUUGUAGUUGGAUGACGUGGCACUUUGAUUCAACUGUCCUCACCUCACUCCUCCCGUGCAUCACAAGGUAAGUAAGUAAAAAAAAAAGCCAAAAAGAGCCAAAGGUUUUCCAGAUGUAAUUUUGCCUAUUGUUCUUGCAGUUAUUUUUCUAUUUCAUUUGCAUUUACGCUGACGUUUUGUAGAUAAAAAAGAACAGUUUGGUUUAUUAUUAUCUUUUUCCUUUUUUGUGCAGUGAGCAGUUGUAAAUUCUUGUGUUCAGUUAAUAACUACUCAACUAAUGGGUUUUAUUUUA